AUGAGCCGGGACGGGGACGGGCCGUGGGUCGUGGCGGACGAUGCGAUGGCCAUCAUCAGUGCCCAUGUCUUUGUCAUUGCAGCGACCAACGUGUUCGUCCGCGUCAUGGACUUCGAAUUUUGUGACGAGUUUGCAGAGUUCAUUAAUGGGACGGAUGAAAAACAACGACACUUGGUCAAGAAGAAGGCCGAAGAGCGGAAACACCUGGUCAGUCUGAAGAAGACAGAUUGGUUCAACCUAGAAGAGGCGAAGGGACGCGAGGGCCUGGCCUGCACUCUUGUAACCCUGCUGCAUUGGAAAUUAUCUAAGGGAGACAUAAGAAACGUCCUGUAUUGA